AACAAUGCAAAGGCAAUGACACAAAACAUCGUGAGAAUCGACAAAUACCACCAAAAUGGACGAUGAUUUGUUUCAGCUCAGACAACUGCCAGUUGUCAAGUUCCGUCGCACGGGUGAGAGCGUGCGCUCGGAUGAGGAAGACGGAGGGAGAGAGCUGGAGGAGCCAGCCGACGUGAGGCACUUGGACCUGGAGUCUGUCGCCCUCGCGGACGGAGCUCCGGUUCCACGAGAGUUCGCUAACCCGACCGACGACACGUUCAUGGUGGAGGAUGCUGUGGAAGCUAUUGGCUUCGGAAUGUUCCAGUGGAAACUCUCCAUCCUUACUGGCCUGUCCUGGAUGGCCGACGCCAUGGAGAUGAUGAUCCUCAGUAUCCUGGCUCCGCAGCUUCACUGUGAGUGGAAGCUUCCCAGCCUGGAGGUGGCGCUGCUUACCUCGGUGGUGUUCAUAGGGAUGAUGAUCAGCUCCUCACUAUGGGGGAACAUAUCUGACAAGUAUGGUAGGAAAACGGGCCUGAAGAUGAGUGUUCUGUGGACCCUGUUCUAUGGCCUGCUGAGUGCCUUUGCCCCGGUCUAUGGAUGGAUCCUGUUCCUGCGCGCCCUGGUCGGCUUCGGCAUCGGGGGAGCUCCACAGUCGGUAACGCUGUACGCAGAGUUCCUGCCCAUGAGGUCCAGAGCCACGUGCAUUCUGCUGAUAGAGAUCUUCUGGGCGUUGGGCACGGUGUUCGAGGUGCUUCUGGCCAUCCUGGUGAUGCCGUCGCUGGGCUGGCGCUGGCUUUUAGGCCUCUCCACCCUCCCCCUCUUCCUCUUCGCCUUCCUCAGUUACUGGCUCCCUGAGAGCGCCCGCUACGACGUCCUGACGGGGAACCAGGAGAAGGCUCUGGCCACGCUGAAGCGGAUCGCCACGGAGAACGGAGCGCCCAUGCCCCUGGGGAAGCUCAUAGCUGCUAGACAGGAGGAUCGUGGGAAGAUUCAGGAUCUCUUCUCACCACACUUUCGCUGGACCACCAUUCUGUUAUGGUUUAUUUGGUUCUCCAACGCCUUCUCCUACUACGGUCUGGUGCUUCUCACCACGGAGCUGUUCCAGGAGGGGGGGGCCUGUGGGGUGUCCAAAGGCAGCAAGAGGGAGCCCAGGUGUAAUCUGGAGUGUAAAUACCUCAACUCUGACGACUACAAGGAUUUGCUGUGGACAACGUUGUCUGAGUUCCCAGGCCUGCUGGUGACGCUGUGGGCCAUCGACCGUCUGGGCCGGAGGAAGACUAUGGCUCUGUGCUUCUUCAUCUUCUCUCUCUGCAUGGUGCCGCUGUACGCCUGCGUAGGAAGGACCUCCCUGACAGUGCUGAUUUUCAUCGCCAGAGCGUUCAUAGCCGGAGGGUUUCAGGCUGCUUAUGUCUACACGCCUGAGGUGUAUCCAACAGCAACCAGAGCGUUGGGUCUGGGCAUGAGCAGUGGGGUGGGCAGAGUAGGAGCCCUUAUCACACCUUUCGUUGCCCAGGUGAUGCUGGAGUCGUCUCUGUACCUGACUCUGUCUGUGUACUGCAUCUGCUGCCUGCUGGCUGCCUUCGCCUCCUGCGCCCUACCCAUCGAGACCACCGGCCGGGGCCUCCAGGAGUCCAGCCACCGGGAGUGGGGCCAGGAGAUGAUGGGCCGGGCCUCCGCACACAGCCCCGGGGGCAUCCCCCACUCCAGCUCCGGGUCCCAGGACUGAGGGGCCGGCGGUGCGGGCCAACGAAG